AUGGUAUGUAGUGGGUUUGAAGUUCAACUCAUGCUGUGUAUAGCAAAUCUUUUGGAUUGCUCUUCUUGGUCAGGGGCUGGACCAGGGCUAAUGGACGCUGUUACUCAAGGUGCCAUACUAGCAGGAAAACCAGUUAGUGGAUUCAAGAUAGGAAGAAAAGCUGGGGAGUGGACAACCUCUAACUUUCAUUCAUACUUACCAUCAGAAAAUUACCUCACCUAGGCCUGCAGGUUUUUCUCUGCAAGGAAGCACACUGUUGAUGCUGUAGUGGGGAACAAUUCAUUUGAUAGGUUGGUUGGUACUCUAGAUGAGUUGUUUGAUAUACUGGAAUUAAUUCAGCUGCACUGGAAUGGAUCUAAGUUUCCUGUUCUCUUCCUGUUGAUGAACUAUGAUUCAUUUUACUCAAAGCUGUUUCACUUUUUAAAUGAUUGUGAGGGUUCGGGAACUGUCUCUAAAGGAAAGGUUGCAUCAUUGUGGAAGGUUUGUAACAGCAACUCAGAAGAUUUGGCAUACCUUGAAGAAUUCUACUGCAUUUAUAUUCUAGUGACAAAAGUAAGAAUGUCACUAAAUUGUAUAAAAACCGGAUGGAAUGACCAGUUUGGGGGAAGAAAGUGAAACUUUUUGAAUUUGGAAGAAUAAAUAAAAAAAAUGGAGAGAAAAGUGUAUUUUAGCCUAAUAUUAAAAAAAAAAUUAAUGUGUGAGGACACCGUAUAUUUAGUUAUAAUAUUUGAAUAUCUAUUUAAUGAUUUGAAUGUUUAU